AUGAUCGCAAGACCCUUUAUAACAUCGGCGCUCCGCCAAACCGCCAGACCAACCUUCUCCAAACUUCCCACCCGAUUCGCCCCAAUCGCCUCACGAUGGCUCUCUCAAGAAACCCGCUCCGCAAUCGACAAAGCAGUUGCUAGCGCCCCGGUGGUUUUAUUCAUGAAGGGUACACCAGAGACACCUCAGUGCGGGUUUUCUCGAGCGACGAUUCAGAUUCUGGGAUUGCAGGGCGUGGAUCCGGCGAAGUUUAGUGCGUUUAAUGUGCUUGAGGAUGAGGCUUUGAGACAAGGUAUCAAGGAAUACUCCGAAUGGCCUACGAUACCACAAUUAUAUCUCGAUAAGGAAUUUGUGGGUGGAUGCGAUAUCUUGGUCAGCAUGCAUCAGAAUGGGGAGUUGGCGAAGAUGUUGGAGGAAAAGAAAGUAUUAGCACCGGCCGAGGACACGCCUGCUUCGGAAUAA